AUGGCAGCUGAGAUUUUGCCGGAGGUGAAGCAGAAAGAGCAGGAGGAGGCAGCCAAGAAGGAGGAGGAGCGCAUGAAGCUGGCAAAGCAGCUGGCGGAAGGCAAGAUUCCAAAACUUGAUGAGAUCUUGGAUGACUCUGAUGAGGAGCCGGAGCCAGAUGCUGUCAUAGAGAUCCCCCUGAAAAAGGUGAAGCUGGUGGUGGGCCCUGGCGGAGAGAAGAUCAAACUCAUUGAGAAGAAGUCCAAGGCUCGACUGCAGAUUGUGAAGGAGGAGGAUGAGUUGAACAGGGCAUUUGGGUCAGGACCUGUGAAGCCUGUGCUUCCAAAGCCUGCAGACACUGAGGAAGGCCCAAAGAUGACAAAGGUCAUGAUCUUUGGCAAUGCCAACCAGUGCGAGAUUGCGCAGCGCAUGAUCGAAGAGGCCAUCGACAACAAGGAGCAAAAGGCAAAGCAGCGGCAGAAGGAGUAUGAGAAGAAGAGGGAUGCCAAGGCGCGCGACAGGCAGUUGUACCACAUGCGGCACACCAGGGACUAUGAGACGCUGGAGCUGCCAAUCGGCGCCUCUCGUGUGGAGGUCAAGGCGGCUUACCGCAAGCUGGCCAAGCUGUGGCAUCCGGACAAGCACCCGGACAACCAGGAGGAGGCCAAGGAGCGGUUCCAGAAGAUCUCAAAGGCCUAUGACUCCCUCAUGCUAACAGAGGAGGACGCGCGCAUUGAAGCCCUGGCUAACUAG